ACGUAACCUUGACAUCACAUCUCACUCUCACCCCACCACUCAGGUAGAUCCAAAAUCACAGCAAUAGCUCAUCAUUGCGCGAGAUAUCACCAUUUUAAUAUGACAAAAUACAUUCUUGCCGUCAACGCCGGCUCAUCCUCGGUCAAAGUCACGUUCUAUACAUACGAGAACCCGCCAAGAGCUAUCGCCGAUGCCCAGGUGUCGGGUAUCACUGCUCCCCCACCUGCACUCAAGUACCAGCGCGGCCCUGUCAAAAUUCAAGAGAAACUGAAAGAGAAGUUGGAUACGCCUCAGGAUGCAUUUAAAUACAUUCUGCAGCGCUGCUUCAAUGACCCCGAGCUAUCCGAGGUCGCUAGUGAGACUGAUCUCGCAUAUAUAUGUCAUCGGGUAGUCCAUGGAGGAGACUACAAAGAAGCAGUCACGAUCAACGACGAAAGUUUACACCAUCUUGAAGAACUAGAAGAUCUUGCUCCGUUACACAAUUUCUCAGCCUUAGAAAUCAUCCGCCUCUGCAAAGAAGAGCUUCCAAGCGUCGCCAGCAUCACCUUCUUCGACUCCGCAUUUCAUCAGACUAUGCCCGUCCACGUGAAAACAUAUCCCAUCAACCAGGAAAUCGCCAAAGCAAACGGGUUACGAAAGUACGGGUUCCACGGAAUCAGUUACUCAUUCAUUCUACGCUCGGUCGCACAAUUCCUGGGUAAACCCGUCGAAUCCACUAAUGUGAUCGCGAUGCAUAUUGGCAGCGGAGCUUCGAUCUGCGCGAUCAAGGAUGGAAAAUCGAUUGAUACUUCAAUGGGCCUUACACCCCUAGCUGGGUUACCCGGCGCAACGCGAAGUGGUAGCAUCGAUCCCUCGUUGGUCUUCCACUACACGAGCGAGGCGGGGAAGUUAAGUCCCGGCAGCACCAAGGAAAUGCAUAUUAGCACGGCCGAGGAAAUCCUUAAUAAAAAGUCCGGCUGGAAAGCUCUAACCGGCACGACUGAUUUCGCAGAAAUAGCUGUUGCGGACGCACCUGACACACACAAACUAGCUUUCGAUAUCAUGGUCGAUCGGAUCCUAGGCUAUAUCGGGAGUUACUACGUAAAGCUAAAUGGACAGGUAGACGCACUCGUAUUUGCGGGCGGAAUUGGCGAGAAGAGCGCAUUAUUGCGCCGGACACUGGUUGAGCAAUGCCAGAGCCUAGGUGUGGCGAUUGACUCGGGAGCUAAUGACAAGGGGCCGGGGGACGAGACAGUCAAAGAUAUCUCCCUUGACGGCAAGGGGCCUCGAGUGCUGAUUUGCCAAACCAAUGAACAGUUUGAAAUGGCGUAUAGUGUUUGUACCCGAUGAGGUAUCGAUUUCGGAUUUAGUCACAAAAGAGCUGAGAUCUAUUAAAUUCCAAAUCUUAAAUAUGACAGG